CCAUGAUGUUCAGAAGACAACGAGGAGCAACGGAAAGACCGUCGAAAUGGAUGUUAUGGAUUUAAACAACGAAAAUUAUAGUUUGGAAGGAGAUAAUUACCGUCGUUUUGGAUAAGAGCCUAAGCUAACUGGUUAUUAAAGUGGUUGUUUCCAGUGGCCAUUUUUUAACCAGUUAACUAGCUACCCAAGUACUGUACGCUAACGUUAGCUGCGGGUAAUGUUUUUGUUUUGAGUGGUAGGUACACUGACCUAGGCCGCAGAUUUCCUUGUCUCGUAAUUUCAUCGUAGGUCAUACAAGGAUAAACAUCGUUGCUGCGUGGACUGCAACUCCGAAAAGGAUCGUUUGAGGACUUAUUUUUGGACGUUUGAUUUUCAGUUUCCGGACGGAUAGAAGAUUUUGGACUAAGCCAUUUACGGCGGAAGAGCGAAGCUUGCGGCCUCGCAUGGACUCCUAACCGCGAACUCGGUGCCUCGCUGCUUUCAGCAGCUACAAGGCCCGUGUUUCCGCGAGAGACUCUACUGACUGUAUUAACCGUGAAAACCGUAAUGGACACUUCUGGAACUGUACUUUUCUUGUGUUUUACCGGACUCUUAACGAACUGACCAGGUUAAAGACGCUGCUUGCUGGUGUCCCGGCCUUUCACUACUAGUAGCUUGGUGUCUUUGACGUAUACAGCUACAAGGACUAUCUGUGAAUACUUCCUCUUAGUUCAUUGCCUGUUUUCCCUUCGAUAUUAUCUUAGACUAAACUGGUAGCUUUCCCUUCAGUCUCAGAUCAUAUCGAGUACUGGUUAUUGUUAUUCUUAACUAACUUGUUGUUUUCCCUUGUCUGAGUUUGAUUUAAGUGAUAGUUGUGAGAAUGUCGUGUGUUCAUUAUAAAUUCUCGUCCAAACUGGACUACAACACCGUGACCUUUGACGGGCUGCACAUCACCCUAGCCGAGCUGAAACGGCAGAUUAUGGGCAGAGAGCGCCUCAAAGCCACCGACUGUGACCUACAGAUCACCAACGCACAGACCCGUGAAGAGUACACUGAUGAGGAGGUUCACAUCCCCAAACAUUCAUCAGUGAUCGUCAGACGCACCCCCAUCGGAGGGGUCAAACCAGCAGGCAGAACGUUCAUUGUUGACCGUUCUGACAUGGCUGCUGGAUCCUCCAGACCCGUAUGUAACAAGCACUCUCAUUUCCUUACUAUCUCUGUCCUCCUUUUAUAAUCUCUGCUCUGAUUUUUUGGUUAAACAUAUUGUGUAAACUCUGUUCUGAUUGGUCACCAGUUAACUCUGAGUUGUCAUGGUGAUAAUAUUCUGUUUUGAUGGUUCCAACUGAUGUUCUCUGUUGUGUAACUCAAUGUGUUUUUAAUGUUGUUCAAUGUGUUGAUGGAUCUGAACUAUAUUGUGAUUGUAUUUCAUAUUGAAACAACGGUUAGCGUGGUGUUGUUAGCCUGCCACUGUACAGAGCCCCCCCCUGUGUGUUGAGACAAUGCUUCAUAAUCCUACAGGCAUGAUGAUGCCUGGUUAUUACUAUGCUGCUUUACCUCAAAUGAAUGGGGAAUUCUGCUUUUUCUUUCACAUGGUGUUGUAGCAAUGACUUUGUGCCGUAUUGACUGUAAGACUAAUGCACAGAUUUGUAUGGAUACCUGUGUGUGACUGUGUGUGUGUGUGUGGGGGGGUGGGGUUAAUCAGUAAAUCAUUUGCUUCCUGUUCAACAGUGUUCUCAAACUGAAGUUAAUUGCUGAUAUUUGGCUGUCCUAAUGUUGUUCUCAUCUUAUUCUGACAUUUAAUAUGGACUGGACAUAGUUGAUCCUUUGUUCUCUCAAGAAAGUUUAUUUUUUUAAUUUAUUUUUAUUUUUUACUCCAAACUACUUAGAAAUGCAAUGCAUUUUGUCUAUUUUGCAAUAAUUUUUUACUUAAAGCUAAACUGUAAACUAGGUGUUACGUAUUUACUAUGAUGACUACUGAAUCCACGAUCAUGUUUGGUACAGAGUUACAAAAAAAACAAAAAGCGUUGUGAUGAUGAUGAUGAUGAUAGCAUUACGACAUCACAGAGACUAUUAUGACAUCACUGAAAUGAUCUAUUAUGACAUCACAGGGUUCUAACGGGGCUGACUGUGUGGCAUGGUAGGUUCCCGUGGCGACAGGGUUGUGUUUGGUUGCUGCUGUACGCUGCCAGAACUGUCAAUAAAGAGGUUAUGUGUUCUGUUGUGAGCACGUGCACCACCA